AUGGAGAUCAAGAAAUGUGCAGUGGAUGUGACCCUGGAUCCUGAUACAGCACAAUUUAAACUCAUCCUGUCUGCUGAUGGUAAAGAAGUGAACCAUGGAAACACACGACAGAAUGUCCGUGACAGCCCAAAGAGGUUCGGUCCUGUUAUAUGUGUCUUGGGAAAACAGGGCUUUUCCUCCGGUAAAUUCUACUAUGAGGUUCAGGUCGAGGGGAAGACUGAUUGGACGUUAGGAGUGGCCAGAGAGUCCAUUACCAGGAAGGGGGCGGUAAGCCUGACCCCUGGGAAUGGAUACUGGACAAUAUGGCUGAAAAAUGAGACUGAGUAUAUGGCAAAAAAUGACAUACCUGCCCCCCUCUUCCUGAAAGAGAAGCCCCAGAGGGUGGGGGUGUUUGUGGACUACGAGGCUGGUCAGGUCUCCUUUUAUGAUGCUGACAGUUGGUAUCAUAUGUACUCUUACACCAGUGUUCCCUUCACAGAGACUCUCUAUCCAUUCUUCAGCCCCGGUAAUAAUUACGGAGGUAAAAACGCCUCCCCUCUGAUCAUCACUCCAGUCUGUCUGACCACAUAA